UAAUAAAACUAGUACGGCUGAGCCUUACCUUUCACUGACGACUCCCCUGCUCCUUCCCAUCACCCUCAUCCUCCGGGCUCGCGGCGGAGCCGCCACCAACCGGCCGCCGUGCUCCGCCUCGUCCGGCGUAAGUCGUCCUUCCUUCCCAAACAAUUCUACUACAGCCCUCUAUAAUUCUUCAUCCUCCUGUUCCUUCUCCCUUCGCGGUCUUCUUCCCCCUCCUCAGAAAACGCUUUCCUUUUGAGUCGUGCCAGAGGAAUCGCUUCUCUCGUAUGAGCAUUACGUUGUCGAGGCUCCUACGACGCGAUCUUCGUCCGAAUUGGACAAGAUUCGAUCGCCGCCACUCGAUCUGAUCUUCUGUAUCUGACUUCUUUCGCUCGGAAUUGCAGAAUUCAAAAUUUAGGUGAGAUCUGAUGGUCCCUUGAUCGCUCAUCUGGAUACCAGGACCCCUUGCUGCUGAUCUACGGCGUGAUCAGCGAACUCUUUCGACAAAAGCUCUGUAAGGUUUGAACUUGGAGGAGCAAUGGCGCAGAACCAGAGCAAUUGGGAAGCAGAUAAGAUGCUUGAUGUCUAUAUAUAUGAUUACCUCUUGAAGAAGAAAUUGCACAACACUGCAAAGUCCUUUAUGACUGAAGGGAACGUCUCUACUGACCCAGUAGCAAUUGAUGCUCCAGGAGGAUUUCUGUUCGAGUGGUGGUCUGUCUUUUGGGACAUUUUUAUUGCAAGGACAAAUGAAAAACAUUCCCCAACUGCCUCAGCAUAUAUAGAGACACAGAAUGGUAAAUCAAGAGAACAGCAGCAACAGCAGCAACAGCAGCAACAGCAGCAACAGCAACAACAGCAACAACAGCUGCAGAUGCAACAGUUGCAGUUGAUCCGUCAAGCUCAACUGCAGAGAAGGGAUUCCACUCAGCCUUCAAUUGGAGGUCCUGCAAAUGUUGGUAAUUCAGAAGCAAUGCUAGGGCAACCAACUGCCACUGCAUUGGCUGCAAAAAUGUAUGAGGAGCGUAUGAAACUGUCUAACCCAAUGGAUUCUCCCGUUUCUCAACCUCUUUUAGAUGCUAGAAUGACCCUUCUAAAACCAGCAUCAAGUCAACAUGGUCAGCUGGUCCAAGGAAAUUCUGGGAGUGUCUCAGCUGCGUUACAGCAAAUGCAGGAUAUCAAAGGAGAAAUUAACAUGGGAGCAGCUCAGAGAUCUUUGGCUGUGAACUCUUCUUCACUUUAUGGGCAGGGAAUGAUGCAACCACGACCUGGAGUUGGAAAUGCAGGAUUGAGCCCUGGAGCUGGUGAUUUACCAUUGAAAGGGUGGCCACUGACAGGAAUUGACCAAAUUCGGCCAAGUUUAGGAGCACAAGUUCAAAAGCCCAUCAUGAAUUCAGCAAACCAGUUCCACUCCUUGCCCCAGCAGCAGCACCAGCUUCUUGCACAAGUUCAGUCACAGGGCAAUCUUAACAAUUCCUCAAUCUUUGGGGAAAUGGACCCUCGAGCUUUUAGGGGAAUGCCUAGGGGUUCUUUGAAUGCAAAAGAUGGUCAAAUGAUUCCAAAUGACGGAUCUGCUGGUUCCCCUAUUCAAUCAACUUCCUCAAAGAUGAACAUGCCACCUGUGCAACAGUCUUCCUCUCAACAGCAGCAGGAUCAGAUGCAACCACAGCAAGUCCAGCAACAGAGGAAAAGAAAAGGGCUGUCAUCUUCUGGACCAGCUAACAGCACUGGUACUGGAAACACGAUCGGGCCUUCCCCUAACUCACAGCCCUCAACUCCUUCAACUCACACACCUGGGGAUGGAAUUUCAAUGGCAAGCAAUGCCCAGCAAGCUACUAGCAUGUCGAAAGGUCUUAUGAUCUAUGGAGCAAAUGGACUUGGAGGUCUUACGUCAUCCACAAAUCAGCUGGAUGACAUAGAUCAUUUUGGAGAUGUUGGUUCUCUAGAAGACAACGUGGAGUCUUUCCUCUCUCAAGAUGAUGUGGAUGGAAGAGAUGUCUUUGGAAAGUUAAAGUCAAACCAAUCUGAACAUGCAGCGGACCCCAUGAAGAGUUUUUCAUUCAGCGAAGUCAGUUCCAUACGCGAGAGUAAUAGUAAAGUUCUCUGCUGUCACUUUUCGACAGAUGGGAAGUAUCUUGCCAGUGGUGGUCAUGACAAGAAGGUCAUACUCUGGAACAUGGAAACCUUUCAAACUGAAAGCACUCCUGAAGAGCACACGCAUAUAAUUACUGAUGUUAGGUUCAGACCAAAUUCAACCCAGCUUGCAACAUCCUCAUUUGAUACGACUGUCCGCGUCUGGGAUGCUGCACGGCCCAACUUUUCUCUGCAAACAUACAGUGGGCACAGUUCACCAGUGAUGUCCCUUGAUUUCCAUCCGAAGAAGACUGACCUAUUCUGCUCCUGUGACAACAACAAUGAGAUUCGCUUCUGGAACAUUAACCAGUACUCAUGCAACCGUGUUUCAAAGGGCGGUUCGACAAAAGUGAGAUUUCAGCCAAGAAUUGGGCAGCUACUGGCUGCUGCAGCUAAUAACAUGGUGGCCAUCUUUGAUGUUGAGACUGACCAGCAGGCUUUCCUUCUAAAGGGCCAUCCCUCCGAAGUACAUUCCAUAUGUUGGGAUGCCAAUGGAGAUAGGUUAGCCUCUAUGAGUCACGAAUCUGUUAGGGUGUGGUCGAUGGCAAAUGGAGAAUGCAUUCAGGAGUUCAAUGCAAGCGGAAACAAUUUCCACUCGUGCAUUUUCCACUCGAGUUAUUCCCAUCUGUUGGUUAUUGGGGGUUAUCAGACAAUGGAGAUCUGGAACUUGGCUGAGAACCGCAGUGUGACGACUCCAGCUCACGAAUGCGUGAUCUCAGCUUUGGCACAAUCCCCAGUUACGAGAAUGAUUGCCUCCACUAGCCAUGACAAAUCUGUCAAGAUCUGGAAGUAAAUAAGUCAAGCUUUCCUCUGGUUACUGUUUCUCCAAGAUGACCAGGUCUCAAAAUUCAAUGCCCCAUUUCAUUUGCUGGGAAAUCUCACCUUAAUUCUCUGCCUAAUUGCUUGUGCCGUAAACGUCAUCAUAAGUACAAAACUUUCUGCAUGUAAUCAUACGACCGCAAUUGAAUUGUGCUUCCCCUUAAGGAUCUAGAGAAUUUUAUUGACAUUUAAAAUUUAUGUGUAGAGAAGCUUUUAUGAUGCUGGAAUUUUCUUUCUGAUGGGUUCCGAAAUUUUAAGCUUUACCAAUCCAUUGCUCA